CUAUUAAUGAAGUGCAGUUUUCCGUUUUGAAUGGCCAAAGUGGUGGAAAAAGAACUGUAUCGAUCGGCUUGGGCGGUGACGGCUUUUUGAUGCCUAAUUGGUGCCCAGAGUGAUGAAAGUGAAGGUUUUGGCAAAGUUUUUUGUGUCAACAAAGCUAAAGUGCUUGAGUUUUGCAAAAAAUGUUGAAAUUUUGGUGUAAAAAGCGUAUUUAAAUAUUUUUGAGCCAUAUGCUUGAAAAUUGCGACGCCAUUUUGUUUCUGACCAAUCAUUUUUUCCGGCCCACCACAAGCUACCUGCUGAGUUCUUGGUUCAUUUGAGUGUAGUGAAGUGAAAUGAGUGUCAGGUAGAAGUGUCAGAAAGUGAUCCCAAAAAUCGACGCCGUUUGAUAGACGCUCGAUUUGUGUGUGUUGGUGCGACUUGUUUAUAGGCGAACAAGGGGUUGCAUUAGAAAUUCAGAGGUGGUGAGGUAAUCGUUAUUUGCGCAGACCAAGCCUAAAGCUGGCCAUAUUUGAUGAGGACAGCCGAUGAGUAGCAACCGGUCAAGCGAUAGAGAUCGUAUUACUGUGAAGAUACGUAACAUGAAACGUAGCGCCUCGCGCGAUUCUCCACCAAGAUCUAAGAGGCGCGGAAGCAUUGGUCGUUACGAAGGAAGCUCAGACGAACGUAUUUCACCAGACAGGAUGAGACGACGCGUGGCACGAUCCCCCAGUCCACGAGGUGCAAGCACCCGCUAUGCUUCUCCCCAUCGGGAAGAGUACUCUCGGGGUGGGCGCGAGAGCGGAAGUGAACGGUAUUCGUACAAGGUAUUGUGCGUUAGUGCUCUGCAUCACAAGGCAUCUGACGAAUAUAUUAAAGAAUCAUUGUAUCGAGAGUACAAGAAAUUUGGCGACUUUAGCAUUCGCAUUUCGCAUGAUUUGGACGAACGCGUUGCAUACGUUUGCUUCCGUACGUCGGAAGAUGCCCGGGAGGCGAAACAUGCCAAGUCCCGAAUUUCUUUGUACGACAAGACGGCACUUGUUGAGCCAGUUUAUGAAUCGGCCAAAUCCGAAUCGUAUCGUAGACCACGUUCUUCCUCGCCACAGGAUUAUGACCGUCACUACUAUUCUCGUUCACCUGGAGUUCCACCACCGGAUCGUCGCCGUCCCGAGCAUCACCCAUACGACGGAUAUGGGCCUCCGCCCGGUCGUAUGCACCACCCGGAAUUCCGCCCACCAAUGCAUCAUGAGUAUAUGCCUCGUGGACCACCAAUGCAUCAUCAUGGACCGCCGCAUAUGCAUCCAGGUCCUCCUCACCACCACUAUAUGCCACGUCCUUAUCUUCCACGACCAAGAGCUCCUUUCGAUAAGAACGAUAAUAAAAAGGACAAGUUCCCGAACUAUUUACAUCAUGUUCAACCGGAAGAUGAUCCUUUGGCCACCCGGACAUUGUUUGCUGGUAAUUUGGAAAUCAAUAUUUCCGAUGAUGAGUUGCGUCGCAUUUUUGGGAAGUAUGGUAUCGUUGAGGACAUCGACAUCAAGCGUCCACCGCCAGGAACUGGAAAUGCUUUUGCUUUUGUUCGUUACCAAACGUUGGACAUGGCUCACCGAGCUAAGGUUGAGUUGUCCGGUCAGUACAUUGGCAAGUUCCAGUGCAAGAUAGGAUACGGUAAAGCUACUCCGACGACCAGAAUUUGGGUUGGUGGUCUUGGCGCAUGGACUUCGGUUACUCAGUUGGAGCGUGAGUUCGACCGUUUUGGUGCCAUCAAAAAGAUCGAAUAUAACAAAGGGGACACCCAGGCCUACAUUCUGUACGAUUCUAUUGAUGCUGCUACGGCUGCGGUGAAAGAAAUGCGUGGAUUCCCGUUAGGGGCACCAGAUCGUCGUAUUCGUAUCGAUUUUGCUGAUAACGGAACAACACCAGGUUUUGAGGAAGGCGGUGAGUAUCGUCGCGGCCCCGACUACGAAUAUCCGGAAGGCGGUGCAUCAUACGAGGAAAAUUCAUCGUACGGCUAUGGUGGAAGACCGUUCCGCGGCCGUGGAGGAUUCCGCGGACGUGGUGGUUUCCGUGGCGGUUUUCAUCGUGAUGGCCCACCGCACCACGGGGACAACGAUGAGUGGCGUCGAUCAGGAGCCGAUGGCGAAUAUGAUUCACGCCGUCGUUCUGGAUCACGUGAACCAGGAAUCGAUAGAUCUCGCUCCCGUUCACCGAGGCGACGCAGUCCGGCUGAUUCGGAUUCUGAUUCGUCUUCUCGUAGGAAUGGCAUGUUAUCAAAUGCAAGAACGUUACCAGAAGUGGCACGGAAAUCUACCACAGUCUGGCAAGGGGCGCUGAUUUUGAAGAGUUCACUAUUUCCCGCAAAGUUGCACCUAACGGACGGAGACAACGAAAUAGUGGACAGCCUGAUGAAGGACGAGGAAGGUAAACACCACCUUCGUAUUACUCAGCGACUACGCCUCGAUCAACCCAAGUUGGAAGAUGUGCAGAAGCGCAUAUCGACGUCAUCGUCGCACGCAAUCUUCCUCGGCCUGCCGGGAUCGACGUCAUCGGUAGCAUCGUCGGAUGAUGCCAGCGUUCAGACGCGUCCAUUGCGUAAUCUCGUGUCCUACCUGAAGCAGAAAGAAGCGGCCGGCGUUAUAUCCUUACUCAAUAAGGAAACGGAAGCAACCGGUGUGCUCUACUCAUUCCCGCCAUGCGAUUUUUCGACGGAAUUGUUGAAACGAACAUGUCACAACCUCACCGAGGAGGGACUGAAGGAAGACCACCUGGUAAUCGUGGUGGUCCGAGGAGGAACCGCCUGAGUUGCGGAUGAGGGCGCAGAUAACACAUAAGGUGAAUAUAAUUAUUCUUAAGUUAAACUGUUCACAUAACCCAACCAACCGAUGAACGCAACGUGCGCGCGCGCAAGACCCAAUCAAUCAAUCAUCAUUGAAACACACUUCAUCAUUAUACCUCUCACAAAACACCAUCCAGCAGCACCGAAGAAAGAAAUACGAGACCGGGAAGGCGGAAGAAUUCGUGGUACCGUAAUUCCCAAUACGAAAAUUGUAUCCGUUUCGACGAGAGGCCCGUGCGGAAGUGAUGGUGGUUCAAUCAGUGGUGCUCAGAUUAGGAAACCCGGAGUCGAUUGCAAAUCGAUAGUUGAUAAAUCAGAAACGAAUCGGAAGAAAACAUAAAAGCGGUUAGUAAGACGAGAGAAAAGAGUGCAUAGGUUGGGCACCACUGAUAAAACAGAUGAUGACGACGGCUACUAUCAUGAUAGUGUGCGAAUAAGAGAACGGACCGCAGUGUGUGAGUGGGUUGUUGGUGGUGGAUAGUUGGAAACUGCAGAAAAUGAUGACGUGCGCGCGCUAUUUGAGACAUCGAAACCGAACCGGACCGGAGUGGAGUAGAGUGGAGAUUAUGUGCAUCAGGUGAUGAUGAAGUGGAAGUGUAACAGCUAACGGUUGUUUAAAGGUUUUUUUUUAGUACAGAGAAGAUGUAUGCUUUAAGAUGGCUUGUAAUUUACACCCAUCGAGAGGAAGAGACGUUUUCCACCCGCAAGACCCGAGUUGUAAAAUGUAUAAUUAGUAAAACGUACAUUGAAAUUUUCGUCGCAGCUCAUUUUUCUAUUUCGUUGUAUCUUUUGUUUUAAUUUCUUUCGUGGUCGUGGAAGACGGCUCUACUUCCGGAUGCCCAUAAACACCGCGAAAAGUGUUUGAUUUCGCACGGUAGUAACGGAAUUACAAAUAAUCGAAAAGAAAAGAACUACGUUCCAGAAAUCGAAUGUUUUAAAGAAGAAAAUGUGACAACUUUGAAAACUUUCUAUUUAUGUAUACCGGAACGAAUAAAUAAAAGAGUGAUUGUAUAUCGCUGCUAAAUUAUGAAGUAAAAAAAAACUAUAUUACAAGUUUGAACAUUAUAAACAAUAUCUAUUAUACUUUUAUGAUAAACCACUCUAUUUCGUGCAACCCAGUAAUGGCGAGAAACUGAAGACCUCGAAGCGAUGUGUCAAGUGUAUGAUCCUUUAAUACUGAGGAUGCUAACAUUACAAAAAAGGAAAACUAAAUGUGUACAAGCUAUGAUAAGAAAGUUUACUAAGUGAAUAAUGUUCUGAUGUCUUAGUUCAGAUUCGUGAUGAAUCCAUUUAGUUUACUUUGAAUCGAUAGAUAGGCAAAAGUAAUCGAUGAAACAAGUUUUGUGUAAUGUCUCAUGUUUUAACUGAGAGGGGUGGUGCAUCAAGUGCUGCAAAUAGGUGGAUCUCUACAAAGUCUCAUGAAAUCGCUCUUUUGAGCUUGUUUCGCCCAAAUGGGCGAGUGUUUUUCCUGUUUUUACUGGGACAUUUAUCAGGUGUCUGGUUUGGUGAUCGUGGUUCAGAAAUUUCGUGUAUGUGCGCUAUUUGUGGAAUUAAACUGUUCUUUCGACAAACCCCCUUUAUCGUGUUUUGUUUCAACCUGGGAUUUCUGAUCAUUUAUGAAUCGGAUCAUGUGUAUUUUGUGACGAUUCCUUGACUUAGCUAAUCGUGUGUUUGGUGACUAUGUGGCCAUUUCAAGACAAUUUCUCUUGAACGAGCGUGUUUCAGUGCGAUGGAAUUGAAUGCCGAGUUUUUCCGCAAUUCCCAUUCCAGUGAUGUGUGCCAAUAAUACUUCAAUAAACGAGCUUCCUGUUUUGUGAGGAAAGUGUACGAAUAAAAAAGUGGGUUGAUGGUGGUGAUGUUUUCAACUUGUCAGUGUUGUAAGAGUGUUUUAUUCGCAACACUGGAACUGAUGAACUUUGGUCCGCAUUAUUGCGCUGGAAAUAGAAUGUAGCAUUUGUUGUUAAAAUUCUGAUUUUAAAAUUGGUUUUACAAAUGUUACUUUGUAUUGUAAAGCGCAGCAUCACACAUGGAACGUGAAUGCUACAUGUCUGGUCACGAGUAUAUGAAGUGAGAUUUGCAGUUUUGAAAAUGGAAAUUAUGGAAGAGAUUUGUAUAACGUUGAGUUCAGUUAUGUUUAUUUUCUUGAUGAGAGGAAGUUUGAAAUUCGUGACAGUGCACUGAAAUGGAAGUUGAGUGGUUUCAUUCAAAAACGUACAUCGUUAAUACAUAGAGAGAAAUAAAAACAAAUUAAAACUAACUCAUUACAAAAAGUAUAAUGUACUAGAUCUUGGAAAAUAAAUAAAUAUAGUGUGUAUCAUCGUA